CGCGGUAAACAACAGCAAAAGAAACCGAUCGAUCAAACCGGGUAUCAAAGCAAACGAGAGAAAAAGAAAUGAAUGGAAAAAAAAAGUGGCAGCAGCGGUAAUCAUUCGAAUCUUGAAUUCUUGAUCCACCGAUCCGAGGAGGAAAGGGAGAAAAUGGCUGGUUCGGUUCGGGCCUUUGCGGUUGCAGGUCCACCACCACCCCGCGCCGCCCUGCCGGCGCGCAGCAGGUAGGCAUUUGUUUAAGGGAUUCUCUUCCGCGGCGGCCGGCCGGGUGGCUCUGCCGCGCCACGCCCCGCGCACAUCGCGCUGCGCUGCGCUGCCCUGCCCAGCUGCUGCUGCUGCCGCGGCGUGCGCAUCACUGGAAAGAUGGGCCUGUGGGGACGGGCUCCCUCCUUCCCUGCGCUGCGCCAUGAAUGAGUGAUGCGCCUUUUCUUCCUUCCAUCUGGCGCAGCUCGCCUCCUACCCUUCCUUUCCGCGCUCCUCUGUCCAUGCCCCGCUGCUGGCCUCCUCCUGCUUCUUGCUUACGGACUGGGUGUUCUUGGCUAGCGAGCAGCACCGGCGCCGGAGGCGAUGGCGAAGGAGACGGAGUACUACGACGUGCUCGGCGUCUGUCCCGCCGCAUCUGACGACGAGAUCCGCAAGGCCUACUACAUCAAGGCGAGGCAGGUGCAUCCGGACAAGAAUCCCAACGACCCGCAGGCGGCCGAGAAGUUCCAGGCUCUUGGAGAGGCGUACCAGGUUCUGAGUGACCCUCUGCAGAGGAAGGCCUAUGACGGCUACGGCAAGAACAGCGUAUCCAGGGACAACAUACUGGAUGGCACUGUUGUUUUCACCCUCCUUUUCGGGAGCGAGCUGUUCGAGGACUACAUUGGUCAUCUUGCAAUGGCAACAAUGGCUUCCACUGAGAUGACAAGCGACACCGACAACCCCGAAAAGCUUCAGGAUAGGCUCAAGAAUGUACAAAGGGAAAGAGAGGAAAAGCUAGCUAGAUUCCUCAAGGAAUUCCUCUCACAAUAUGUUCGUGGCGACAAAGAAGGAUUUGCUAGUCGCGCGGAAGCUGAGGCAAAGAGGCUCUCCAGCACUUCAUCUGGACUGGAUAUUCUUCGCACCAUCGGAUACGUGUAUUCUCGACAAGCAGCAAAGGAGCUUGGCAAGAAGGCCAUGUACCUAGGAGUGCCAUUCGUGGCUGAGUGGGUCAGGAACAAGGGCCACCUAUGGAAGUCACAGAUCACAGCAGCAAAAGGAGCCCUGCAGCUGUUGCAGUUGCAAGAGGAGGCCUGCCGGCAGAGUUGCAAGGAUGGCAUUGCCACGGAGCAGGAUGUUGACUUUCAGAUGAGGAUGAACAAGGAUCUGAUGAUGAGCUCACUCUGGAAGCUGAAUGUUGUGGACAUUGAAAUGACUCUCCUGCAUGUUUGUGAAAUGGUGCUUUACGAAAACAAUGUCAAGAAAGAGGAUCUGAAGGCCCGAGCAACGGCCUUGAAAAUUCUUGGGAAAAUAUUUCAGAGGGACAAGGAGGCAUUACCUGGGCCAGGGCCAGGGCCAGGGCCUUCAGGGCCAUCAAAACGAACAGUUCUUGACGAUGACAGCAGUUCAGAUGACAGUUCAGAUGAUGACAUAGCUCGGACGGUGCCAUAUCGAACUCCUGCAUUUACUCAGGGAAUCGGAAGGCUGUUCAGAUGCUUAUGCAACCCUGCUUAUGAUGUUGACGAUGAUUUUGAGCCCCGCAAAUGAUUUCUAAAGAAACAGACACCAAUAGAUGUGUUCAAAUGUUCAUGACUUUUGUCAAGUAUAUGAUUCAGAACCAUGUGAGUCCAGAUCAUACUUUGCCAUCCUUUAUCUUAUGGAUACACAUGCAGAUGCUGCUUCGGCUCUGGUGAGCACAAUGACAGUUCAGAUUUCAGGGUUCCCUUUCUCUCUCCCAUGAACAGUAGCCCUUCUUUUUUCCCUUUUUUUUUUGAAAUAGAUUCAACUGGGCUGUGUUGUGCCUGUGUAAUUUAUUGUUAUUGAUGUUGUCGAGAAAAAAGGAAAAGAACAAGGUUAUGUAAAAAUCCAUUUUCUGAUCCUAAAAUGAUAUGGUAAAUUCAGGUA